AUGAUAUCUUUAUUGAUUUUUACAGGCCUUGCCAUCUCCCUAACAAACGGCGAAGAAAUCCCGCCAUGUCCAACCGGAUCUCGACCGUUAUUGAGAGCCGACGGACAACCGAGGAAAUGUCUGCCCCAUCGGAAUUCCCUUUGUGUCAAUGCACUACCCGAUAAUCCAAAUGCUGACACAGUCUGUUGCUAUCACAAUCAAGUCGAUUAUUUUUGUUGCCUUGAUGCGAGUGCUGAUCAAUGUCCCGACUAUCAUCAGGUAACAGCCGUCAUCCAGAAUCCAUUCCCACAAAACCCCUUUGCUCUCAAGUCGUACUUCUUCCGAGAAGGCAUCGAAGACGAGAUAAUGGAGGGAAUGGUCGAGAAUAAUCAAGUUAACGUCGAAAGGUCCGGACCUGAUAGCGGCUUUAUCGUCAGACAUGGAUCAUCCAUU